GGCCACAUGCGCACCUUUGUCAGGCAUCUUCGAGGUGGCUUGAUGCACAAAGCCCAUCAUCGUGCGUCGCGGCGGUGGUCUUUCGUCUGACUUUAUAAGGACUCGUCUUCCCAGUCGCUGCCAUCCCGUUCCUUGAAAUCGGCUGUUGCAGCUUGCCGUAUACGACCCUAACUUCUCCCUUACAUCACACCUCCGCACGUCGCCAUCAACCCCCACCACAAUGCACGACCCGUUCGUACUGGCGCCGCCAGAAGCCCUGCUGCCAUAUAUUCAGCCUGUUGCCGACUUCCUCUCUCUCCAGACGCUGCCGCUGCACUUUCACGAGCUUGUGCUGGCCUAUAGCUUCUACCAUGUCACCAACAAGUACAUCUCGCCCGCCCUCUCGCGCUAUUUCUUCCCCCGGAUAUAUCCGGCCUUCAAUGCGCGCACAAAGCUGAACUGGGACGUGCACGUCGUGUCGUUCGUGCAGAGCGUCGUCAUUUGCGCUUUGGCGCUAUGGGUCAUGUACGCGGAUGACGAACGAUUCGGAAUGGAUGCGCAGGAGCGCGUGUACGGAUACACAGGAGCAUCUGGCUUGAUUCAAGCCUUUGCCGGAGGCUAUUUCCUGUGGGACUUGGUUAUUACGCUGCAGAACGUGCAGAUCUUUGGCAUAGGCAUGUUGCUCCAUGCCAUUUCCGCGCUGUGCGUCUUCGGGCUGGGCUUUCGCCCUUUUGUAAACUUCUAUGCCUCCAGCUUCAUCCUCUACGAGCUCUCCUCGCCCUUUCUCAACAUCCACUGGUUCUGCGACAAGCUCAACAAGACGGGCUCGACCAUCCAGUUCCUCAACGGCAUCGCCCUCCUGAUCACCUUCUUCUCCUGCCGCAUCGUCUGGGGCUCAUACCAAUCCGUUUGUGUCUUCAGCGACGUGUUCCAAGCCUACAAAGCUGGCACAAUCACACUCUUCGACCCCGACGUCGGCAAACUCAACACCACAACAGCGACUAGUGCCGCUCUCAAAACUGACAUGAUGCGUUUCGCAGAAGGCCAGACAGUCCCACUGUGGCUCGCGGGCGCCUAUCUCGCGAGUAACAUCACGCUUAAUACCUUGAAUUGGUUCUGGUUCGGCAAGAUGAUCGAGACACUACGCUCGCGAUUUGAUCCACCAUUCGGUACACGCAGACCUGAGCACGACCUCAAGAUCUCUGUACCCGUCCCUGAGCACGAGAAAGUACUCAUCGAGGGCACUCAUGUUUCGACCCCUGGCGCUACAGGGACUGAUACUGAUGAGUACCCUGACUCAGAUGACGGAGCAAUCAAGUUGGAGCAGAGCAGGAACGGGACGCAUUUGGAGGUUCAGCAAAGUGAGGUUCGGAGUCGGACAAGUACGCGGAGGAGAGGGUGAUGUCUGUGGAGUGUCAAGACGUGAUAUGGGAUAGAAUUGGAGAAGCAAUAUUGAGUAUAUAUAAUCGCGUAAUAGCAAUAGUCUUUUCUCGCGUUCGACAGUCUUUAGGAACCUUGCUCUUGACUGAUAAACUUGGGAUAUGCCGUAUCUUCACUAACUCUAUGAUGAAGAGUUCCCGGUGCUCUCAUGCAAUGUCUUCUCGAGGUAACAAGCUUGUUUGAUUUGUCGCAACGACAUGAACUAGACCUCUUCGCUGUCCGGCUUGCCAUUAUCGAAUACUGCAGCACCCGCAUAUCUCGUAGCUCGACGCAAGAUCAAUCGACG